UAAUAAUUGAUUUAUUAAGAAUUCGUGACGAUCCUAAAAUGACUAAGAAUGAAAUGAGAAUAAUUAUUGAAUCUGCUUUGAAAAUUUUACAAACAUUUAAAGAUAUUCGACGUCUUUGCAAACUAUUUAAUUGUUUAAUUCCAUUUCAAAUUCUUAAUCCAGGAACAUUAAAUAUUCAAGAGAAUACAAUGAAAUUUCUUACAGAAUUAAAACGUUUUCAGCCAAAUAAUAGAUUAACAGUAGAAGGUAAAAAAAUUCAUGAACAAAAUAUUUCUAUAAUCGAUCGUCAACAAGUUCAAUGGUCAUUGGCUAGUGAAAAUCAUGCAUGUGAUAUCACUGUUGAAUAUCGCAGUCACGGACCAAAUGAUCAGUAUAAAACAUUAUUUCAAAAACAAAAUGUUCCUGUUCAUAAAAAUGUUCUUCAUGGUCAAUUUGAAAGUCAACGCANUUGA